AUGGUCAUGAGGCUCCAAAAUGGCAAGCCAAAGACUUCAGGAACUAGCUCAGUUAAAUUUGAUAGUGAUGAGAUUUUUGAUGCAGUAGGACAAUCACAAUCUGUUCUAGAGAAGCUUCAGGAUUACACAGUCCAUCCAAACUUGGCCCAGUACUAUGAGCCUGUGAAGCCCACUGCACUGCAGAAAUCCCUGGCUCGAAACCGGAAAAUCAAAAGCUUCAUGUUAAAAGUAGCAGAGUAUGAUCAGGAUAAGGCUUUACUGAUUUUGACAAACAACCCACUUCCUUGCCCAAUCGACCAUCAAGGAAAGGACAUCACACCCACAUACUUUCCCAACGAGUUACUGUUGAAGGAAAGUUAUCACCACCCCAAACCCACUGAGAACUUCCACCUACCUCUGAUGUCUCACAGAAAAAAAAAAAAGUUAAGAUCGGAGCUGAAGCCAAUCUUCCCUGUGACACUGUUGGAAGAGAAUCCUACAUCCAAGCGAGAACAAUGGUUUAGGUUUUCCACAGACAAUGAUUUCAAGAGUGAAGGGAAGUAUUCAAAGGCCUAUGUUUUGAAGAAACAGGAGAAAAUGUACCCUCAGCUCAACUUUGCUCCAGUCUAUAAAAGAGGUAUGAGGAAGGACAUCUCCAGGAAGCCACAGAGUGAAGUGCCGACUUCCAAGGUGAUCUGGGAACCCCUCACCCUUUCAUCGCUCCUGGAAGAGAAACCCACCAGAACCGCGCCAGGAGAGAGCUCCUUCGGCAAUGGAAGGGCCCAAAAGUGGAUUAUAAAAAAUUUCACUCUCGUUAAGUGAAAACAAACCGUUGGGGCCCCUCGCCUCGGCCUCCAGAGACUGAGGGGCC